GUUCUAACAAUGUUUCCUUCCCCCCGGGAAGCAGAUGCUUUUCCUCUCUGUCGUAUCUGCUGGUCGAUCAUAACGAUCCUGAAGGCAGCGCAAUCCUGUCCACUGGGACUUGUCAAGAAGAAGGAGCUAGGAGUUCACGAAAGUAUGGUUGAUGUACAUUAUUUGCUGUCGUGCUUGUGGAUGAUGGGUGCCUGUGUGUCGUUUCCUCGCCUCUCAACUGUGGUCUUGUUCUUGCUCCUGUUUGAACUGCUUCUCUUGCAGCCCCCGCUCCCUUCUGCCUCGAGCGAGAUGCGGCAGCCGCCAUGCGCCGUCCGCUCGCAGCAAAGGCUCCAGUCCAACCAAGCCUAGUGCUAG